GCGUGAUCAGCGCCCCUCCUCCGGCGGACGCUGUCUUCUCUAAGGUUCGGGCGCUCUCCUCUCGCCUUCGGAACGUCCUCUGACCCCGACAGGCAGGGCGCGUCACCUACCUGGUCACGUGGUGUGUUGGUUUUCCCUUCUCGGCCCCGCCUCCGCCCCGCCCCUUUCGUAAAGACGCGCGUUUUUCCUUGCUCCGAGGCUCUUAGCCCCCUACCCUUCCCCGCGGGGUGACAUCUGCUGCCCCCCAUGGGAACUCGCCCCCUUCUCUGACCAUGACCCCGAGGAUGACCCCAGCGCCCCGGUCCUCUUCCCUUCAUCCUGGGGGACGCCUGCCUAGCACACAGUAGGCACCUAAUACAUGUGGAUUGCUCCCCUGCCCUUCCCUCCCACCCCCAGGUUCUCCCGAGCCUGCCCAGUUAUUGACACGUUGGGGACCCCCCCCACACACCCCUGAGAGCGGGGGGGGGGACCCGAGGGGAGGCCCCGAUUCUGACUCUUUCCCACUCCAGCGCAUGCUGGGGGGGGGGGCCCAGGAGGCCCCGCACAGUGGCCGCUGCUCCCUUGGUCCCCCGCCCCCGCUCCCGGUGGAUGGGGACGGGCUUUCCCAGGCGUCCUUUUGAGACCUUUGCCACCCGCCUUGUGCCCCUGACAUUUAGAGCCCCCCUGCCCUUCCCCCCCUCCCCCAGGGCUGACCUGCUACCCUCCCACUCUUCCAAUUCCCUCCACUUCCUACCCUGCCGAUGCUCUGGGUCCCCCGGGGACGUGGGGAGGGGGGGGGUCCCUGGUCAAUCAGGAAUGUGCUCCGCGGUUCAGCACCCAGUGACGUUCAGGGAUGUGGCCGUGCAACUCUCCCUGGAUGAGUGGCGACGCCCGAGCCCGGCCCAGAAGGGCUUGUAACCAACGUGAUGCUGGAGAACUACGCGGACCCGGUCUCUGUGGGGCUUCCAGUGUCCAAGCCUAAGUGGUCUCCCGGUUGGAGAGAGGAGAACCACCGUGGAAGUCCAAGGCUGGAGUCCCCAGAGGCCCUUGCCCAGCACCCAGUGACGUUCAAGGAUGUGGCCGUGGACUUCUCCCUGGACGAGUGGCGACGCCUGAGCCCAGCCCAGAGGGACCUGUACCGGGACGUGAUGCUGGAGAACUACGUGAACCUGGUCUCUGUGGGGCUUCCAGUGUCCAAACUUGAUGUGAUCUCCCUGUUGGAGAGAGGUGAAGCACCAUGGAUGUCCAAGGCAGGCAUCCCCAGAGGGCCCUGCCCAGAUGACCUGAGUUGGGAUGCUAGAUGUGAAACCAAGAAUUCAGUUCUGACUGAGGGCAUUUGCCCAGGAACGUUGGCCCAAGAAAGAUUGCCAAUGGAUAGUAACUGGUAUCCCAGGAUGGGAGAAUCUGAGGAAUGGGAAGUUAGGUUAGAGAGACAGGAGGGCCCAGAGGAGGAACAGGCCCACCAAGUGACAGUGGCUGUCAGUAGUACGUUUGAUAGGGUGAGUGUGCCUGAAUGUAGUAGGUUUGUUAGACAUUUGAAUCUGGAGCCAAUCAUUUUUCCACAAUGGAGGGGAGACAUGGAAGAAGGAUUCCAUAAGUAUGAUACACUUGGGAAGAAAGCCUUUGACAAGAGAUUGAAUCUUAAUGGGCAUCAGGAAAUUCAUACUGGAGAAAACUCUUUUGAAUGUGCUGUUUGGGACAGGGAAGCACUGAGUAAACAUCAGAGAACUCACACUGGAGUGAAAUUGUUUGAAUUCAAUGAAUGUGAAAAGGGCUUCAGCGAUGGGGGAAUGCUGAUUGGCCAACAGAAAUCUCCAUCUGCAGCAAAACCAUUUGAAUGUAGUGAGUGUGGGAAGUCAUUAUCUUCAAGGAAAACCCUUACCUACCAUCAGAGAAUCCACACUGGAGUGAAACCCUUUGAAUGUGAAAUAUGUGGGAUAGGAUUUAUGCGAAAGGAAUACCUUAUCAGCCAUCAGAGAAUCCACACUGGAGUCAAGCCAUUUCAGUGUAAAGAAUGCGGUAAAGCCUUCUUUCAGAAGGGAAAUCUCAAUAGCCACCAGAGAAUCCACACUGGAGUGAAACCCUUUGAAUGUAGUGAAUGUGGAAAAGCCUUCUUUCAGAAGGGAAAUCUUAACAGGCACCAGAGGACUCAUACUGGCGCAAAAAUCUUAGAAUGUAAUGAGUGUGGGAAAGCCUUGACCACAAGGCGAACCCUUAUCAGCCACCAGAGAAUCCACCCUGGACUGAAACCUUUUGAUUGUAAAGUAUGUGGGAAAGCCUUUUUUCGGAGGGGCAACCUUUAUAGGCAUCAGACAACUCAUACAGGAGUGAAACCUUUUAAAUGCAAUGAAUGUGGGAAAGCCUUCCGUCAGAAGGGACAGCUUAAUAGCCAUCAAGGAACUCACACUGGAGUGAAACCUUUUGAAUGUAGUGAAUGUGGGAAAGCCUUCUUUCGGAAGGCACACCUUAAUAGGCACCAGAGAAUUCACACUGGCGUGAAACCCUUUGAAUGUAAAGAGUGUGGGAAAGCCUUCAGUGAGAAGACCUACCUUAUUAACCACGAGAGAACUCAUAUUGCAACAAAACCUUUUGGAAUGUGAGACGUGGGAAAGACUUCAUUUGGAAGGAAUCCUUCAUUAGUCAUCAGAGAAUCCACACGGGGGUGAAAUCCUUUAAAAGUAAUGAAUGUGGGGGAAAGCUUUCAUUAUGACAACCCUUUUUAGCCAACUAGAGGAUCCACAGUGAGUGAAACCCUUUGCAUAUAAUGAUGUUAAAAAGCCUUCAUUUGGAGGAGAUUCCUUAUUAGCUAUUGGAAGAUCUUCAGGGGAGUGAAACCCAUGGAAUUUAAAGAAGGUAUAAUUUAUUAUUCAGGAGGGAACUCAUACUGGAAUGAUACCUUGAAAUAUGGUAUGUGGGGAUCCACACUGGAGUAAAACCCUUUACAUAUAAUGAAUUUGGGAAAGGUUUUCAGCAGUGAGGGACUUCAGUUAUCAUCAGAAAACUCAUGUUAGAGUGAAAACUUUGGACUUUAGUGAAUGUGGGACAACAUCGACAGGGGGACAUUUAUUAAGUUUCAUAAACACUCAUACUAAAGCAAAUGAAUGUGGGGAUACAUUUGACUAGAGAGAAAAACUUUCUAAUAUGAGAGAAUUUGUAUUGGGGAGAAACCUUUUUCAAGGAAAUAUGAAUAUAUAAUUAUUUAAAUGUAACAAGUAAGUUGAAAUAUAAUCUCCCAUUAUUUGUAGUUUCUUGAGUAAAAAUGUGUAACAUGAACUUUCACGAGCAGGGCGGUUUUCCUUCUUGCCAUCACCUUUUGGAAUCUGGGCACGUUUCUGAAUGAUGAUGUUACUGCUAUUUUCUUUUCUCUUCUUUUUGUUUUUGUUUUUUGCAAGGCAGUUGGGGUUAAAUGACUUGCCCAGGCUCACACAGCUAAUAAGUGUUAUGUGUCUGAGGUCAGAUUUGAACUCAGGUCCUCCUGACUCCAGGGCCGAUGCUCUAUCCACUGCGCCACCUAGCUGUCCCUGUUACUGCUAUUUUCAUAGAUUGGGCAUUCCCACUGUGGUUUCAUUAUUCUGCAUUCUUUCAGGUAAACAACAGCAGGUAGGAGCAACAGGAAAUCCUAAUUUGACCAGAGUUAUCCCUGAGGCUUGGCUGGAUAGGGAAGCAGGGUGGAGAGUAUCAUGGGAAAGGUGAACUGUGAACAGCUUUGUCCUCAGAGAUCACCUGGCCAGAAAGACAAAUCUCCAUCCUGAUAGAGAGAGUGAAUGAAUGAAUACAGUGAUCCCAGGGUUUAUCAAGGGCUUACUGUGUGCCAAGCCCUGUAGUAAGAGCUUGGGAACAAAGUAAAAGGGAAAUUCUGUGCCUGGGCGGGGCUCAGUACAUAGAGGAGGGUGGAGCUGGUGGGGGAUGUUAAUGACUGCUUAUCUAAGUACAGUGUUUAGGGGCUGGGUAGAGGGCCAGGCUCUGCGGCAGGAGCAUCAUCUGUACAGAUGGCAGUGCCCGGUCAUGUGGAAGCCAUCGUGUCAUUGCAGCGGUAAAGGCCAGCCGGUCUUCUGUCUCACCCAAAGGAGUCUAGUUGGUGACUCCCUGCCCAUCCAAGCCAUGUGGGCAGCAAUGUCCAUUGGGAAGGGUCAGAGUGGAGCAGGGGCUUUGGCCCAGAGGUUUGUUACGAUACUGAUGGAAGCUGCCAUUUCCCAGACCUCUUCUGAGCUCUCCCUGCUAAAAACAGAGCAGCUGAUAACUUCCUGUCAUGUCUUAGUCGUGACUUCACCAUCCAAGACUUAGGAAAGCAAACAGUAAGAAAUUCUGUUCUGGAGAUGGUCCCCCACCUAGGGAAAAACUGAAUGCAGGGUCCAAAUGGUAGACACCUCCUGGGUAAGUGAUCACUCCCUCUGAGACAGGAAGUACUGCUAUUCUCAUUUUACUGAUCAGGAAACAGGCUGGAAAAAGUUAACUGACAGGUCCAACUGGUCAUAGAUUGAGGCAGGAAUUGUAAUUGUACUCAUUUUUCUUACCUAAAGGCCAACACUACUUUAAAGGAAAAAAAAAACAACUUGCCAGUGUCAAAAAGGAAAAAGUAGAUAUCACAAGAAAUCGACAAUAAAGGAUGUUAUUUGUAUAAAGGGUGUUUUUGUCCAGUGAGAUGAAAAUUAAAAUGAUAAAUUCACUUCUUAAUGUUUCUGUCAUGUCCAGAUUUGACUUGUAUCUAAUAUACUUAGGUCAUUUUAAGUAUUUAAUAUCUAGAAGAGUGAUACAAUUGAAAUCUUUUUUUUUAAGUUUUUAUUGAUAUUUUUAUUUUUACAUUAUUGUCAUUUUCCUGUUUCCUUCUCCCUCCUCUUCCUAGAGAGCCAUCCAAUAUAACAAAUAAUAUUUUUUAAAGACAAAAGAAAAGAAUGAAUGAGCACAACCAAUCAAUAUAGUAAAAAGACCAAAAUGUGUGCAAUGUGUAAUACCUGUGGACCUCCCAACUUCACAAAAGGAUGGGUUGGGGGGUAUCCUUUCAUCGCUUUUCAAGUCCUGCUUGAUCUUUAUAAUUUUUCUAUGUUCCAAGAUAUUUUUGGCGUGUAGUUGUCUUUUCAUUUUCAUCAUUGUGGUUAGUGUGUAUUAUUUUCUUGCUUCUGCUGACUUCACUCUGCAUCAGUUUGUAAAGUUUUUUCCAUGCUUUUCUGUAUUCUUCAUGCACAUCCUUUCUUACCUGCAUCCAUUCCAUUCACGCAUCACAGUUGCCUUAGCCAUUUCACUAUUGUCGGUCAUCUGCUUUGCUUCCAAUUCUUCUCACCAAAAAUGCUGCUAUAAACAUCGUGGUAUAUGUGGGAACUUUCUUAGCAGUGGUUUUGUUGGUGUAGAAGCACAGUGAUGGAGUUUCCAGUUCAAAGGCUGCAGACAUUUAGUGGUCACUUUAUUUGCUUUCCAAAAUGGUUGUACUGAUUCACAGCUCAACCAGCAAUGUAUCAGUGUGCCUGUUGUCCCCCAAACUCUCCACAAUUGGGCCUUUUUUAGUCCUUGUCAGUUUGCCUGGUUUGUCUCAUCAGUGAUUGAGAACAUGUUUUCAUGUGGUGGCGAAUAUUUUUGCAGUUCCUGUUUUGGGAAUUAGUUCUUCACAUCCUGUGAUCAUUUAUUAGAGAAUGGCUAUUGAGAGAGAGAGAGAGAGAGAGAGAGAGAGAGAGAGAGUGUGUGUGUGUGAGAAAACAUAUAAACUUAAUUAUGUUAAUUCUAAAUAUAUAACAAAUAUACUAGGUAUCAAUAUGUAAUAUUGCAUUGUGUAUGUAUAUAUAUACAUAUAUAUAUCUAUAUAUCCCCCCACACGUAUAUAGGUAUAUAAAUACAUAUAUACAUAUAACCUCUUCCUAACAGUUAAGCAGUCAAAUAAUGUGAUGUGUGUGUGUGUUGAAUAGCUACAAUUGAGAUUACAGGCCACAUUGCCUUGUAGGCAUUGUUCCUUCAGUCAUUUCACUCCCUUCAAGAAGUCCUCUUGGCGAAUUCAUUAAGUUAGCAGUUCUGUCUCUGUUUCUCCUUAUUUCACCUGAGAGAACGUUUUUUCUUCAUAAGUUGAUUUCCUUUUGCUGAAGUUGGUUUUAGGCUGUUUUCAGAAACCAAAAUGUUCUGAGCAUGGGUGUGGAUAACCUUUCUGAGGCUGAUAUUAUGAAUUCAGAUGGAAAACUGUAAGGGGUGAGGCUGUCCUGCCCUAAUGAUGCCAGUUGUAGGGUGGUGUACCCUCUGAGAGAAUACUAAGAUACUAAAGAAAGAUGGACUCAUACUAGUAUGGUUCUUAGUAGGUUUUAUUAGGGUUAAUUGGGUUGAUUGGGUUGUUUAAGGGAGUUUACUCACCAGAGGCCAGCCGUCCCGUGUGGCAGCAGGACAGAGUAACAUCGUGGAUCCCCACACCAGCCCCAGUCCAUGUCCACUAGUCUAUAAAAGCAGAACAAAGAAGGCAGAAUUCCAGGAUGGCCCAGGGUCAUGGGCAAGUUUUCUUGUGGUCUAGUUGGAGCUUACAUUCUCUGUGAGGCUUGAGGUCACUCUGGCUACUCCUGUCCACUCCAUCCUCAUCACCUGCUCAGAGUCUUUCUGAUAGCGUCUUCUACAAAGUUCCCUGGGCGGUCCUGAGCAGUUGUGUUAGCAUGGAGGAAGCUGAGGAGGCUCCCAGUGAGUUACAGUGGAUGCACCACCAACCACAGCAGCGGUACAAGCACAGCUAGGGAACCCACAUGACCAGUAAGAGAAUUCAUACAGUUGUUACAAUUUUCUUCUGUCCCAACCUUAGGGAGGCGGAGAAAGAAUCAAUGGCAUUUGGUGAUUAGUGGGAGGACUGAAUUUCUGAACUAAGUUUAGAGACAAAGAAACAUGGCUUGGGCAAUUUUAUAACAUAUUGGGGGUGAUAAGGAAUGGAAUCAAUUAGAAAAAUGGAAUCAGAAUAAUUUGAUUUUUUUCAAUUCCCCCCUUUUUUGUCAACGGGAGAUCUGUCCCAGUUCUUCCUGACUAGUCAAUGUAAGAGCAACAAGAUGGAUUAAUCAUUGUAAAAGCCAUAACAUAAAUGUCUAAGACUUUGGACCAAUUUAGAGGGCAAAUUGACAUGACAGCAAGAAUGCCGAGAGAACUCAGUGUACAGAUAACAGUGAAGCAAAGAGUCCAAGUUGUAUGAUAAUGACCAUCAGCAUUAACAAACAUCAAGAUUUUGCAUUCCACUAACUCACUCCCAAUGUCCAUUUAAUCAGCAGAUUUCAUCUUGGAUUUCAGAUGUCCCAGGUAGUGAUCUGGUCUCAGGAAACAUCCUUCCUUGGACAUUCUGGGGGAGGCCUCGUCUUUGGCUUCUCUGGUUCCAAGUUAUUUGUAGAGGCUCUUCAGAAGGGCCUUCUAAAAUUUUUUACAGAACACUUCAAAACACGUUAGAACAGUCUCCCAAAUUUUACUUCUCCAAUAACUGGUUCAUGUGGUGAAAACCAGCUCAAACCUUAUAGCUCUGACCUUAUUAACAAUAGAGCUUCAAAUCUGGCCACGGACUCUUGAUACUUACUAGCUGUGUGACCCUGGGCAAGUCACUUAACUCUCAUUGCCCUGCAAAACACACAUACAUACCCCCCCCAAAAAAAAAAACCCCAAACAACAAACUAAUAGAGCUAUAAGAGGGACAUUAAAUUAGGAACCUAUAGUUCAUUUGGAACUUUUGAGAACUGACAUUUUUACAUGCCCUGAUAGAAUCACAUUUUUGAGGGGGCGGGGCAGGCAAUGACAGUUAAGUGACUUGCCCAGGGUCACACAGUAAGUGUUGUGUCUGAGGCCAGAUUUGAACUUAGGUCCUCCUGAAUCCAGGGCCAGUGUUCUAUCCACUGCGCCACCUAGCUGCCCCAAAUCACUUACAUUUGACAUAAAGAAUUGUCUGAUCUUGUUGCUUUUUCAAAAAUUUUCCAUUCUAAUUAACUCCAAUUCCUUUAAGAGGAUCCGAAGCUAUUGAGGAACUAAUCCUAUAUGUGAAAAUAGAGGUAACAACACUCUUGGUAGGUAAAAGCUUUCCCCCCUAGGUUCAGUGGUCACACAAAUGUAUUAUUUACAAGAGCCUAAUUUUACUCUAGUUGUAACAAAAGACUUGGGAUGUAUAAAUAUAUUUAAUUAAUUCCCAAUUGUAUAUGAAAAAUAGUAUAUAUCACAUGGGUCGCCUGUAGCAGAACAUGUUCGAUUGUUUACCAUAUUAUAAGGGGCUAAAAUUCUAGCUAUACUAUCUAACUGUAAUGAUUGGAAUGACACCACCUGUUGGAGAGCUGGUGGCGUCAUUCCAAUCGUUACAGUAUUCACAUGGAAUAGAUAUUACACAAACAGUGGUGUUUGCUAAGAUGAUUGAUACUACUGAAAUUCUAUUCCUUAAAAUAAAACAGAAGAGGUUUCUGAUUUUAACCUCAUAAGUUAAUAGAUUUAUAUCUGUCUAAUUAUUCCUUCAGCAUUCUGAAAGAAUGGGCUAUUUGGGGAUUUAAUCUUUUAUAUGGCUGUGUAAGUAUUAGCAGGCUUAUAACAAGGCCAAGUACUAAUUUGUUAUUUGGGAUGUGGAAGCACUAUCAUUUAGAUUGAAAACAGUAAGAUAUUAUACACUUGCAUUGUAUUCUACGGGUUAAGUCCCUUGCCCAGACUUACAGAGGUCUCAGGUGUCUGAGGCAAGAUUUGAAUUCACAUCUUCCCAACCAAGCCCAGGCUAUCUCUGAUACCACCUAGUUGCCCAACAUGAAUGUACAGUCUUCGAAGAAUUGCCAGUUGUUAACAGCCAUAUGAAUAAGUGAAGUUAAUAAGUGAAGGAGUCCUUCCAAACUCCUUUUAUGAGAGAAAUAUGGUGCUGAUACCCAAACCAGGAAAAGCCAAAACUGAAAGAAAA